UUGUCUGACUGUCGUUUGACAGCUGCUUUCCUGUAUCCUCCAAUCCUUUGUUGUCAGGGAUACCACUCCGUGGAGAUGCACUCCCAGAGGCAGGGUUGGGAUAUAGGAGAGAGGGGAUCCUCAUCUUGAUGGAGCAACGAGAAAAGGGAAGAGCAUAGUUUGGGGAGAAGAGUCACCUGUGGAGGUCACCAAAUAAACCGAAAGAAGAAAAGGUGAAACAUCAGGAUGGGUUACGACCGGGAGAGGUUUGUGGGCUACGUGAACGAGGGCCUCCUGUGCUGUGUUUGUCGCGACGUGUUGCGACGCCCCCUACAGGCACCCUGCGAGCAUGCCUUCUGCAGCGCCUGCAUCAGUAGCUGGCUGCUCCAUCAUCACACAUGUCCCGAAGACCGGCAGCCGCUGGACGUCGGUAGCCUCAAGCCUCUCUACAGGUACAUGCGUAACGAUCUGAACCGUCUGCAGAUCCGCUGUGUAAAUGCAGGACAAGGCUGUGAGACGGUGUGCUCUUUGGAGAACCUUCACACGCAUGAGGAGGAGUGUGACUUUGCCUUUUUGUCAUGCUCUAACUCAGGGUGUCCUACACAAGUUGAGAGACGCGGUUUGGAGGCUCACCUGUCUGAAUGUAACUUCUGCAGCCGAGAAUGUCCCAACGGCUGCGGCCACACUCUUCUGUCCACCGAGAUGUCACAACACAACUGCGUGGCAGAGCUGCGUUCUGAAGUGGAAAUGCUGCGGGUUGAGAUGGUGUGCAAGGUCAAGGAGGUGAGACGGGAGAUGGAGUCUCGCUUGGACUCGCAGAGGAGACACAUGGUGCAGAAGGAGUCACAACUGAAGAACGAAGUUGAGGAGGGCCAGUUAUCCCGUGUGAUCUGUGACGUGCGUGCCCUACUUGGAGCAGAACGUCUAAGGCGACAGGAGCUGGCAGAGAUAGAGCUGGAGAAGAGAGAACUGCUGGAGCUCCUCAGAGACCUGCAUCCCGUCAGGAAUCAGCAGUCUGACGACCAGUUGGGCCGAGACCAUCUUCAGGAGGACCGGCAGACAUCCGAAUGGCAAGCUACCUUCCAGCCACUGAGGCAGCAGCGGAGAGAGGCUUCUUUAAAUCUACCCAGUGUAUCGCUUCACUCGUCUCAGGCUUUAAACGGACCUGGUUGUCCUCCUUCACCUCAGUCGGGUGAAGGUGCACGCAAGACCGGAAACCAGAGUGUAACGUUGGACUGCAUCAAAAAGAAGAGCCGUGAGGCGACGGUUAUCUGAGUAGACCGGAUUGAAGGCGAGCCAAAAAGAAUAGAUUUUUACAAAUAAAUAAAGCCAAUUUUGACUAUAGAGUAUGGAGUUGUAUCCUUAAGAAUUUUAGAAGCAAUACUGAGAAUAUAUAAUUCUGUUUGUUUCUUUUAAUUUCACAGUAAACUUCAACUUGAAGUGGCAUGAAA